UGUGUAUUUUUAUUUGUACUGAUUAAUUUAGACCAUGUCUGACGUCGAGCUGGUCAAGAAAAUGCUGAGAGUCAUCCUACAAGCCAACAAGGGUGGAAUGUCGCUGUCCCGUCUGCAGUCUGAGUACAAGGAGCUGACCGGUGAACAGAUUCCACAUAAACAGAUGGGACACAGCCAUCUGGACACUUUACUAGCCAGCAUGCCCUCAGUCGUCCGCUUGGAACGCAGCCGUUCUGGAGAGAUAGUCUAUUUUGCUUCUGCCGACAAAGAGACGGCCCAUGUUGCCAAGGUGAUGGCUCGCCAGCGGACUUCCAAGAAGACUGGACGACCCCACAUGGUCAACACCCAAAUGAGGGUCAAACCCACGGCCCUGCUUGUCUUUAAUGCAAAACCUCAAACCUCCCUGAGGCAGCCGAGCCACCGCGGACGAGGUGGCGUGAGAGGCGGCGGCGGCGGCCGAGGCUCCGGACAUGGAGACUUGAGGCAGUCGAGGGAUGUGAGGGAUGGCCAGACGGAGGGCAGGACGGCCACAACACACAACACACCCAACAGGUCGGAAAAGAGGAUGACGCUCCCGUCACGCUUCCAGAAGGAGGUCCAGGCUCACCUCUCCAGAAACUCCCAACUCACCACUCAACCUUCACACUCGAAUGAGAAUCUGGACUGCGGCAAAGGCAAAGCCUACAACCCUCAGCAGGUCCAGAACUGCAUCAAGGAGAUCCUGUCCCAGUACACCAACGGCCUGUGGUUGUCCAAGCUGCCGCAGAUCUACAAAGAGCUUUCUAAACAGGACCUGCCAACCGAGGCCAUUGGAGACCUGGAGACCUGGAAGCACAUUUGCACUGUAGAGAGAACAUGCGGCAGUAAGCCAUCUGAGCUUCUUCUCUACCCUGCCAAGGAGCAGAGCACCACAACCGUCCCCGCUUCCGCGGGUGCCCCGCCCUCCACCCCGCCAUCAGACAAGCCCCCGCAAUCCCCCGAGCACCAAAAGCCCCAACUUAAACGCUCCGGCUCACAGCCUCCUCCGUCAGAGUCCCCUCCGUCGCCUCUUCCCCGCUCCCCACCGGCUCCCCUUGGCCCCGAGCUGAAGCAGAAACUGGAGGAGCUGCUGCAGAAGUAUUCCAGCGGCCUGUGGGCCCACGCGCUACCUAAGCUCUUCCAGGACACCUAUAAAACCAAACUGCCUGGACACGUCCUCGAUAACCUUCAGCUCCUCUCCGACAUCUGCACCAUCGACUACCCGAUGCCCGACAACCCCAAGAGGGCCAUCGUGUACAGGAGGAGGAGCAGCGGCGGAGGCGCAGGAGAGGAGAACCGUAGCAGGAACAGUGAGGAGGAACAGAAAGUCAAGCCGGAGGCGGCGAAGAGACCGCGCGAUCACUCGGUACCCCCCCUGCAGAUCCCCAAAGAGGAAUAUCCCUCCGUGCUGGUGGUGGACGCCACAAACACCAAUGAAGUCGUUUUGAGGUACGUCGGGGAGAGCUACUCGCAGGCUCAGGAGCAGAUGGAGGAUGAAAUGAGGGAAUUUUACGGGACGGACGAGCACAAGUCGACGCCGUGCUCCUCUCCGUCGUCGGGCCAACUCGUGGCCGUCAAAACGGAGGAGGAGGAAGUUCUCAGAGCUCAGGUGUGCGAGCUCAUGACGGAGAAGGUCAAGGUGCACUUUGUGGAUCACGGUUUCUCCGAAGUGGUUAGCAAAGCUAAACUUUUUGAGCUGCCCGAGAAGUUCUACAAACUCCCUUUCCAAGCCACCAAGAGCAAAUUGGCAGGCCUGGAGCUCUUCCAUCGGGAGCCCGCCGUGCUGAAGACCUUCGAGGCCAUGGCGAGCGGCCGCAUCCUAUUGGCCGAAAUCCUGCAGAGAGGGCAGACGCCCUUGAUGGUGUUGUACGACACGUCGCAGGAUGACGACGUCAACAUCAACGCCGCCUGCAUGAAGGCCCUGCAGGACGAGAGCCUCAUCAGUCCCUUGGAGGUCAACAGCGCUUACAUGAACGUGACCAUCACCAGCGUGUGCUCCGACGGCACCUUCUACUGUCAGCUGCCUUCCCGAGGACUCGCCAAACUCAAUCGGAUCCUCGACAACAUCGAGACGUACUUCCACUCGCAGGUAACGUCAGAAUUUUUGGUGUCCAGGCCGUUCUGCGGCAAAGGAUGCGUGGCUCGCUACAAAGGCAAAUGGUCCCGUGUGGAAAUCACAAAUCUACACGGCAGCAGAGUGUUGGACAUCCUCUUCCUUGACGUGGGUGUCCAGGCCUCCGUGGAAGUGUUUGAGCUCAGGGAGAUUCCACAGAAGUUUCUCUGUGACCUCGUGGCCAUCCCACCACAGGCUGUCAAAUGUUGCCUGGCAGACCUUUCGGUCAGCGUGGGAUCCUGGACUCCAGAUUCGGUCCAGUGGCUUCGGGAGAAAGUUCUCAACACCACCGACUGCAGCAUGAAGGUGGCCAAGGUGGACGAAAGCAAACAGUGCGUCUACGUUCACCUCUUCACCGACAAGAACUUCCACGACCCAGCUUGUAGUCUCAACCACCAGAUGGCCCGGUCUGACCUUUUCAAACAGCAACCCGAUGUCUACCUGACGAGCCACAGUCCCAUCAAGAUCUCGACACUCGCCGCACCCGGCAAGACAUCGAGCGGCAGUGACAUCACCAACGGCAGUCCGAAGUCUUCUUCAAUCGCGAGCAAGCAUCAUCUCAGAAGGGUUCCAUCCGGACCCAAAGCAAGUGCCGGCAGCUCACCCGGGGCUCAGUCGGUCGCCUCCUCCUCUUUCCAGCUGCCACCUUUGCUCACGCUGCCCCCUGCAGGAAACAACAUGGACGUGUACAUAUCAGUGGCGUGCCAUCCAGGCCACUUUGUCCUCCAGCCCUGGAGGGAUAUGUACAAACUGGUGGUGCUGAUGGGGGAGAUGAUCCUCUUUUACAACCAAACCGAUGAAAGACCUCUCCACGUGCAGAAGAAUCACGUCUAUGCCGCUAAGGUGGAGAACAACUGGUAUCGCGUUUUGGUGAAGGGCGUUCUCAGCAACGGGCUGGUGUCCGUGUACCAGUUGGACUACGGGAAGCACGAGCUGGUCAGCUGCACGCAGCUCAGGGUUCUAAACAAGGAGUUCCGACAGCUGCCCUUCCAGGGAAUCACCGCUCAGCUGGCCGGAGUGAAGACCAGGCAGUGGUCCGAAGAGGCGUCCAUCGUCUUCAGGAACCACGUGGAGAAGAAGCCCCUGGUGGCCCAGCUGGAGGCGGCGCAGGAAGCGGCGAACCCCUGGGACAGGAAGCUCACCGUCUUCCUGGUGGACACGUCGCAGCAAGACUGCGACAUCUGGGUGCAUGACAUCAUGGCGGAGUUUGUUGACAAACUCCCCGACCAAUAAGGCAGUGGACAGUCAUAGUUUGCGCUGAAGAGAGUUUGUCCAUUUUCAAACCAUUUCUGGGACUGAAAAGAAUGGAACUAUGAGACUAAAGGGAGCAAAGUGGAGCAAAAAUAUUGCCCCCUGCUGCCCAUAUUUGAAACUACAACUAGCAUUCGAACUUAGUGACAAACACUGCGUAGCUGCGCCGUUUUAAGUUGACGUUCAAGAGGCAAUUAUUCGCAUCCUUUCCGGGUAGGGGGCAGAUAUUUGACGUGAAUGAAUAGAAGUCACUUUGACAAUAAUGUGCCACAUUCCACUUGUUUUGAAAUCCGGUCGACUGGACACGAGACUGAGCCGCACUGGGAACUAAUUUAUUACCGAAUGGAAUCUUACACUGCAAUUUGCGAUUUUAUUGAACAAGAUUGAAAGACUUGUGGAAUAAAGUAUAUGUGAGAGGAG